AAGUGUGUGUGUUUUUGUGCGCUAGGAAGUGAACGUAUGAACACAAAAUGGACAGAUCGUCUAUGGCUAUUAUUAUUUUCAUUUGGUGCUACUUUCAUAAUCAAGGCUUACUUAAUUCUUUGUGGGAAAGGCUCUACGAGCUCGCGACCGCAGACGAACCUCCCACCGAAAGUGAAAUAGCCAGCCUUCUUUCGGACACGAAAGACAAAAAUCCCGAACUAAUGGCUGAUAUGCAAAGGCUUUUGGAAAAACUUGGCCACGGUUCCAAUGGAAAUGGAGAAGACCAAAGUAUUACAAAUGGUCUAACCGAUCAGCUUAGUGCUAGCACUGGGGAUGAUCAACAUACAGACGCCCAAAUAGCAGCCCUUCAUGGUGUACUAAAUGAAUUGAAGAAAAGAAAGGAAAAGGCAGAAAACUCUCUUAGCGAAGGAGAAAAUCAAGGAUCUAAUGGAAAUAAAGAAAAUAGUGAAAUUUCACAUAAUACCGGAACCGGAGGGAUUGGGAAACCGGUAGAUCCAGGAUUUGGAGAAAGCCCUUCAGAAAAUGAGGGAAGCCAAGGACCCAGUGGGAAUGGAGAAGACAAAAGUAUUACAAAUAGUCGAACAGAUCAGCCUAGUGCUAGAACUGGGGAUUUUAAACAUAAAGAAGCCGAAAUAUCAGCCCUUAAUGGUGUACCCCAUGAACCGGAUGAUCAAAAUAAAAAGGUGGAAAAGUCGCUUAGCAAAGGAGAAAAUCAAGGACCUAAUAGAAAUAAAGGAAAUAGUGAAAUUUCACAGAAUACCGGAACCGGAGGAAUUGGGAAACCGGUACUUCCAGACAAAGAUCCCGAAUUAAAGCCUGGAAUCCAAAGGCUUUUGGAAAGACUUGGCCAUGGACCCAAUGGGAAUGGAGAAGGCCAAAGUAUUACAAAUGGUCCAACAGAUCAGCUCGGUGCUGGCACUGGGGAUGCUAAAUAUACAGACGCCCAGAAAGCAGCCUUUCAUGAUGUACUCAGUGCAUUUGGAAAAGAAAAGAAAAAGGGAGAAAACUCUCUUAGCAAAGGAGAAAAUCAAGGACCUGAUGGAAAUAAAGGAAAUGGUGAAAUUUCACACAAUACCGCAACCGGAGAGAUUGGGAAACCGGUACUUCCAGACGAAAAUCCCGAACAAAUGUCUGAAAUCCUGCGAAUAUUGGAAGGAUUUCACAGCGAACCCAAUGGGAAUGGAAAAGACAAAAGUAUUACAGAUGGGCAAACAGAUAGUGCUAACACUGGGGAUAAUAAAUAUACAGAAGCCCAAAUAGCAGCCCUUCAUGGUCUAGUAAAUGCAUUUGAGAACCAAAAGGAAAAGGCAGAAAACCUUCAUGGCAAAGGAGAACAUCAAGGACCUAAUGGAAAUAAAGAAGAUAGUGAUAUUUCACAGAAUACCGGAGGGAAUCCGGUACUUCCAGACAAAACUCCCGAACUAAAGCCUGGAAUCCAAAGAGUUUUGGAAAGACUUGGCCACAAACCCAAUGGGAAUGGAGAAGGCCGAAGUAUUACAAAUGGUCCAACCGAUCAGCUCGGUGCUGGCACUGGGGAUGCUAAAUAUACAGACGCCCAAAAAGCAGCCUUUCAUGAUGUACUCAGUGCAUUUGGAAAAGAUAAGAAAAAAGGAGAAAACUCUCUUAGCAAAGAAGAAAAUGAAGGACAUAAUGGGAAUAAAGAAAAUGGUGAAAUUUCACAGAAUACCGGACCCGGGGGGAUUGGGAAACUGGUAGAUCCAGACGAAAAUCCCGAACUAAUGUCUGAAAUCCAAAAGAUUUUAGGAGAAUUUGCCCACAAACCCACUGGGACUGGAGAAGACAAAAGUGUAACAAAUGGACAAACAGAUCCGCUUGGAGCUAGCACUGUGGAUAAUAAAUAUACAGAAGCCCAAAUAGCAGCCCUUCAUGGUCUAGUCAGUGCAUUUGAGAACCAAAAGGAAAAGACAGAAAACCUUCAUGGCAAAGGAGAACAUCAAGGACCUAAAGGAAAUAAAGAAGAUAGUGAUAUUUCACAGAAUACCGGAACCGGAGGGAAUCCGGUACUUCCAGACAAAACUCCCGAACUAAAGCCUGGAAUCCAAAGAGUUUUGGAAAGACUUGGCCACAAACCCAAUGGGAAUGGAGAAGGCCGAAGUAUUACAAAUGGUCCAACCGAUCAGCUCGGUGCUGGCACUGGGGAUGCUAAAUAUACAGACGCCCAAAAAGCAGCCUUUCAUGAUGUACUCAGUGCAUUUGGAAAAGAUAAGAAAAAAGGAGAAAACUCUCUUAGCAAAGAAGAAAAUGGUGAAAUUUCACAGAAUACCGGACCCGGGGGGGUUGGGAAAUUGGUAGAUCCAGACGAAAAUCCCGAACUAAUGUCUGAAAUCCAAAAGAUUUUAGAAGAAUUUGACCACAAACCCACUGGGAAUGGAGAAGACCAAAGCACUACAAAUGGUCCAACCGAUCAGCCCGGUGCUAGCACAGGGGAUGUUAAAUAUACAGAAGACCAAAUAGCAGCCCUUCAUGGUCUAGUCAGUGCAUUUGAAAACCAAAAGGAAGAGGCAGAAAACCUUCAUGGCAAAGGAGAAAAUCAAGGACCUAAGGGAAAUAAAGAAAAUAGUGAUGUAUCACAGAGUACCGAUGCCAGAGAGAAUGGGAAACCGGUACUUCCAGGAUUUGGAGGAAGCCCUUCAGGAAAGGAGGGAAGCCAGGGACCCAUUGGGAAUGGAGAGGACAAAAGUAUUACAAAUAGUCAAACAGAUCAGCCUAGUUCUAUAACUGGGGAUUUUGAACACAAAGAAGCCAAAACAUCAGCCCUUCAUGGUGUACCCCAUGAACCGUAUAGUCAAAAUAAAAUGGUAGGAAGCUCUCUUAGCAAAGGAGAAGAUCAAGGACCUAAUGGAAAGAAAGAAAAUAGUAAAAUUUCACAGAAUACCGGAACCGGAGGAAUUGGGAAACCGAUAGAUCCAGCAAUUGGUGGGACACCAAUUCAAGGAACACGAACUAGUGGAGUUCAACCAAUUGACGGAAAUACACAAACAUCUCUAAUUACUGAAACAGACGAAAAUCCCGAACUUAUGUCUGAUAUCCUAAGACUAUUGGGAGAAUUUGACCACGAUCCCAAAGGGAAUGGAGACAAAAGGAUUGCAAAUGGACAAACAGAUCACCUCGGUGCUAGCACUCCGGAUGUUGAAAAUAUAGAAGCCAAAAUAGCAGCAAUUCAAAAUGUAAUUAAUGCAUUGGAGGACCAUAAGAAAAACGGAGGGAACUUUUUUAACAAUGGAAAACAUCAAGGACGUAAUGGAAAUAAAGAAAAUGGUGAAAUUUCACAUAAUACCAGAACCAGGGGUGUUGGGAAACCGUUACCUAGAGCAGGCUCCUUUAAUUUGUGGAUGAGCAAAUUUCAAGAGUUCCAGAUGGCAGACGGACAUCCCACUAAGAGUAAAAUAUCCGGUUUCUUUGCAAAGAAGAAGAAAGGCUUCCUUUUGAGAUUCUUGGAGAAACUCAUCGAGAUCGUGAAGGCAAGCAGUCUUCUUCCUACGAAUGAAAAAGCCAGUCAUAUUUCGCAGAUGAAUAAAGGCUCCUCGAAGAUUUUCUUGAACAAGCACUCCCAGUUACCCAUGACAGACAAACAAAUUACUACGAGAAAAUUACCCAGUCACAAUUCGGUGGUGAAUACAGGAUUUGGAAGAAUCCCUUCAGAAAAUGAGAGAAGCGAAGGACCCAGUGGGAUUGGAGAAGGCAAAAGUAUUACAAAUAGUCGAACAGAUCAGCCUAGUGCUAGAACUGGGGAUUUUAGACAUAACGAAGCCAAAAUAUCAGCCUUCCAUGAACCGGAUGAUCAAAAUAAAAUUGUAGAAAACUCUCUUAGCAAAGGAGAAAAUCAAGGACCUAAUGGAAAUAAAGAAACUAGUGAAAUUUCACAGAAUACCGGAACCGGAUGGAUUGAGAAACCGGUACUUCCAGCCCUCCAUGAACCGGAUGAUCAAAAUAAAAUGGUAGAAAACUCUCUUAGCAAAGGUGAAAAUCAAGGACCUAAUGGAAAUAAAGGAAAUAGUGAAAUUUCACAGAAUACCGGAACCGGAGGGAUUGGGAAACCGGUGCUUCCAGCGACUGUUUAUGGAGACGACAAAUGCGAGAUUUGUCCAUGGACUAGGUGCACACCCGGGGGGACGAGCCAUUGGACAACCGUUAACAUGGAGGACGACAUAAGGACAAUUAUGUCUGACGACUUGGACAAGAUGAAGCUUAUCCCCAUACUCGCUUUCCGCACGGAGAACGAAAGAAAAACACUCGCUGAGAAAUACAGAGUAAUCGAGAAAGUCAAACUGAGAAAGACAGUGCACGAUAGAAUCACGAUAGGGAAUAGGUUCCAGAAAACCAUGGAGGACCUGGCAACACCCUUGGACGAGUUUUACGCCUAUCAGUUGAAUUAUAUACUGUUUACAUUUCUCGAACCCAGGUUGACAAAUCAUCCUAGUUUCAGCAUUGGAAAAACUUUCCCACAAAAGGUGGCAGCGCGGAAAAUUUUGAUACAGAUAAUCGUAACUCUUACACCUUGUCUUAUGCAAAAAGUCAGAGAGUUUUAUAAGGUACAGUAUGGAGAUUCACUAGAAAACGAUAUAAAUGCAAUUUUGUCAACGCAUCAGACCCCUGAAAAAAAUGGAAUGGAUGAAAAGUACAUCAAAUUCAUCACGGACCUUAUCAAACGUGAGUCAUAUAUCGUGCGGGAGAACACACUGGAUUCCGAACCAAACCAAGAUGAUCAACACCUUCUGUCAAACGCGCAAUUCCUUCAACUUUCUCUUCCCGAAAUGAAGAAAUUUGUCGAAGAAAAGGGAGUUGAUACCAUAAAGGCACACCUCAAAGAAAACGAUAUGUUUGACGAAGAAUUGCAUACAACCAUACUGGACAUAGCGUUGAAUCAACAGAAGUUUUUUGCUGAUGAACUACGUAAAAUGUUUUUAGAAAAACCAUUUGACGACGUAAAAUUUAUAAAUUUUAUGAGAGGCCACUUUGGAACUGAUCUAGGAGAUAUCCAAAAGGAAUACGACGAAGAGAGUGUAAGAAAAAGAGAGGAAAACUUGUUUGAAGCGUUUGAACAUACGGAUACAACUAAAAAGCAUUACUACAAUGCUAUUUACGCUCUUCUCACCGGCAAACUUUUAAUGUAAAACACACCAUUAUAACCAUUAUUAUAGUAAUAUCGUGUUUCUUACCGUUAUUUAAGUCUUCAAAAUGGAUCAAACAAUAUAAAGUUCUGCAGUGUAAAUAACAAUUUUAAAGAAACUCCUGCGCCAUUCUAUACUAAAGAGGACGUCACCAAAUCAUUUUAUUUCUUAAAUAGUGUGUGUGAAAUUUCGGAUAUUUCCAUCAACUUUUAAAAAUCAGAAUGGUUUUCUUUCGAUGAAUUUAAGUAAUUUCUCGUAUUUGCUAUA